GAAUUUCAGUACCGAUUUCCACUGACACCAAGACAAUCAUGUGGAGAAAUGAGUUGUUCAUCCUACAAAUAGGAGGGCUAUGAAUUGUGCCAAUCACUCAUCAUCUUUGCUUUUUCUUUUGAUUAUGUGAAGAGUUUUGCAGAAAGAAUGUUGAAUUAACAAUCAAAGUUCUGUUGGUUAAUAAGUUAUGGAGAUAGAAAAAGGGAUAUAUUUGGGUACAUGCUUGCUGCAGCAAGCAUUGCAGAGCAUAUGCAUGAAAUCAGAGUGGGUUUAUGCAGUCUUUUGGAGGAUCCUCCCCAGAAACUUCCCUCCACCCAAAUGGGAUACUGUAAAUGGAGUUUGUGACAAAUCUGGGGAAAACUCAAGGAAUUGGAUGCUUGUUUGGGAGGAUGGAUUUUGUGAUUUCAAUUCUGGAUUGCAGCCUGGACUAUUCUUCAAAAUGUCUCAUGAAAUCUAUAACUAUGGGGAAGGAAUAAUGGGCAAAUUGGCAGCAAACCAGGGUUAUCAAUGGAUUUACAAGGACCAACUGAUCCAGUCUGAAAUGGAAAGUCUAAAGCGCUCAUUACACUCUCAUCCUAGGACAUGGGAGUCUCAGUUCAAUUCAGGCAUCCAGACUAUUGCGCUGGUUGCAGUAAGAGAAGGACUCCUCCAAUUGGGUUCCACUCAAAAGGGCAUGGAGGAUUUGAAGUAUGUAAUUUUUCUGCAGAGAAAGUUUAACUACUUGCUGAGCAUUCCAAGUGUGCUUACACCAUACCCAUCUUCUCAAGGACCUGUGUCUCAUUCCACACUUCUGUCAAAGGAUUCAAAUGCCUCAAAGGACUACAGUCAUCUACAAUAUAACAACCUAAGACAAGGACUUAAUCAGGACUUCACCUGGAGUACUCAAGAUAAUGGAGAUACAAAGUUGUCAAAGCAUCCAAAUGCCUCAAAGAACUACAGUCAUCUACAGUAUAACAGCUUAAGACAAGGACUUAAUCAGGACUACAAUUUUGAAGCUUGUAGUGGCCUACAUUCUUUAGGCUUUAUUGAACCAGCUACAGUGGCCCCUUCAAUGUCAAGCCUACAAGCACUACUGUCUAAGCUUCCCUCUGUUACUCCCUCUUCCUGGGGCGUUCCAUCCAAUAUGCCAGCAGAAGACAAUAUGGAUGUUGACUAAAUGAACAAAUAAAUAUAUAAUUACAGAAUUUAUAUGAGAACCUA